GUCAUUUUGAGAAUUGAGAGAGACCAGUCCACCAAAGCAGAGAGAGAGAGAGAGAGAGAGAGAGAGAUGGAAGUAGUAGUACAGGGAGAGAGCUCGGAUGUGAGCAGCAAAUACACGCUGAAUCCUUCACGUAUAUUUAACGAAGACAUAUUGUUGUGCGUAGACGUGGACGUUGAGUCUCUGGUGGAGAUGAAGAGCACUGGCUCAAAUGGCCGACCACUCACCAGAUUGGACUCCAUCAAGCAAGCUAUCCUCAUGUUCAUCCACGCCAAGCUCUCCAUCAAUCCUGAUCACCGCUUCGCCUUUGCCACUCUCUCCAAAUCAGCUUCUUUGCUUAGGAAAGAAUUUAGUAGUGAAGUUGAGUCCGCAGUUGCUGCAGUUAUGGGACUCUCAGCUACUUCGUCUUGUGGUCCUGCUGAUCUUACCAGUCUGUUUCAGAUAGCAUCUCAUGAAGCCAAGAAAUCCCGUGCUCAAAAUCGAAUUUUUAGGGUGAUUCUUAUCUACUGCAGAUCAUCUGCAAAACCUCAUCAUCAAUGGCCUAUAAAUCGAAAACUCUUUACCUUAGAUGUUAUUUACCUCCAUGACAAGCCUGGACCUGACAAUUGCCCCCAGGAGGUCUAUGAUGCACUUGUAGAGUCCCUUGAGCACGUCAGUGAAUACGAGGGCUACAUUCAUGAGAGUGGGCAGGGGCUAGCACGUGUUCUCUACCGUCACAUGUGUGUGCUGUUGUCACACCCUCAACAGCGUUGCCCACAAGAAUAUGUUGACAUUCCCAAGUCUCUGACAAAGAAGUUGCCUGCAUCAGAAACAAUGCCUUGUGAUGAUAGUGUUCCUGUAUCCAGCCAAUGAGAAUGUAUAAAGUUAAAUUAGAAUCUAAGGGGUAGUGCAAUCAGUUGGGGGCAACACCUCAUGAAGCAGAGGUCGCUAAUUCAAAUCUCCUUUUACCCCCCUCCCCUUGGGGCCAAAACUUAACAAAAAAAUGUAAAAAAGUUAAAUUAGUGGUCUUGUGUUCCUUCUUAUCUUUUGGUUUUCUAAGUAUGACUUUAGUUCUUUUUAAAAGAAGUUGAUAUGACCUCUUUUUAAACGGGAACAAGGAAAUUAUUUGACCUUCCAUCUA